AUGGCAUGUAGGAGCAGUUUCUGCUGCGGCUCCGGUCCAAUAAACGAGGAUAACGCGAGGUUCCUGCUGCUGGCAUUGUUCAUCAUCAUCUAUCUCCUUUGUGGAGCCGCAGUGUUCUCCGCGCUGGAGCAGCCGAAGGAGCGCGAGGCGAAGGAGCGCUGGGCGCAGAGGUUCGAGCUCUUCAGUCAGAGGUUCAACCUGAGUAAGAAAGACCUGAAGAACUUCCUCAGGAACUACGAGGAGGCGAACGUAGCGGGCAUCCGCGUGGACACAGUCAGACCUCGAUGGGACUUCGCCGGCGCUUUUUACUUCGUGGGAACUGUGGUGUCCACCAUUGGUUUUGGGAUGACCACUCCUGCCACCAUUGGAGGAAAGAUCUUCCUGAUGUUCUACGGCCUGCUCGGCUGCGCAGCCACCAUCCUCUUCUUCAACCUCUUCCUGGAGCGCGUCAUCACCGUCAUCGCCGUGGUCCUGAAGUCGUGUCACGAACGACGCCACAACAAAGCUGUGCUGCCUCCUAAUGGCCAGCAGGUCUCCGAGGGAAACAGAGCAGGAAGAGCUGGGGGAAGUGGAGGAGGGAAAGGACAGGAUCUGGAUGGCUGGAAGCCUUCGGUCUACUGCGUCAUGCUCAUACUUGGAGCGGCAGCCAUCUUGGUGUCCUGCUGUGCCUCGCUCAUGUAUUCGGCAGCCGAGGGCUGGGCUUACCUGGACUCGCUGUACUUCUGCUUUGUAGCCUUCAGCACCAUCGGUUUUGGAGACAUGGUGAGCAGCCAGCGGGUCGUCUACGAGGGCCACGCCACGGCCGCAUAUCGGCUGGGCAACUUCUUCUUCAUCCUGACCGGCGUCUGCUGCAUCUACUCCCUCUUCAACGUCAUCUCCAUUGUCAUCAAGCAGGUCCUCAACUGGCUGCUGAGGAGGCUGGAGGCCCCCUGCCUCUGCUGUUUGCCCAGUAGGGGUCACCACCCCCACCGGCGGAACGUGGUGGCCCCGGGUCACUUGCGCACCCGCAGGGACCCCUCCAUUGAGACAGACGCCAUCAACGAAAGUGAGACUGACACUGGGCGAAGGAUGUCUGGAGAGAUGAUCUCCAUGAGGGACUUCCUGGCAGCCAACAAGGUGAAUCUGGCAAUUAUGCAGAAGCAGCUUUCCGAGAUGGCCAUCGGGCACCCGCGCCAGUCCAGCUCCAGUUCACGCCAGAACGGGUUCUCAGGAGGGGUGGGCGCCCUUGGCAUCAUGAACAACCGGCUGGCAGAGACCAGCGUUGACAGAUAG